AUGACCACGGAAGUGAUCAGUGCUACAGUAACGCUGAAGCCAGACAAUCUAUCAUUAAUCUGUACAAACCCUGAUUAUCAAUAUAUUCGGCAUCCCCUUGAUUGUAGCCGUUGGUUCCAUUGCUCUCAUGAACAACCUGUUGAGAUGCCAGCUUGUGUCGAUACGUUCAGCAUGAUCUCCCUUACUUGUCUCACCAAGCAAAAUGAGAACAAUGACUGCAUCAGUACUUGUAUAUUCGAUGGAAAGCUUCAUUAUCUUGGAGAAAUAUUCGUCGGGAGAAAUUCGUGUGAAAUAUGCAUUUGCCAAAAUAACAGAGGAACUGUAGUCUGCAGCAGUGCUUGCUUAACCAAGGGAGGUAAUUCAGACAAAAUUCUUCACUCCUUGUCACGAUGGAUAUUUGCUAAAGACAGUAGAAUAUCUAUCUAUCUAUCUAUCUAUCUAUCUAUCUAUCUAUCUAUCUAUCUAUCGGAAACUAUCUACGUGGCAGGUAAAACUUUUCUGCACCUGGAUGGCCAACAAACCUGUACAUGUAGAGUAGAUGGAAUUGUCUCUUGUUCUUUUUCACAUGUUGAACAGACAGAAGGAUGA